UGAAUCUGCUGGUAUCAUCUGUUGUGUCCAGUGCUCCCAAUGCAGCCUCCUCCACAUUGGUGAGACCCGUCAUAAAUUAGCGAAAUGUUUUGUUUUACCUUUAUUGAUGGUAAAACAAUGUAAAGAAGCAACAAGACUCAUCCUUUUUCCUUAAGGAAGUCCAUAAAUAUCGUUACUCAUUAAUUAAUGAUCAAAUCUGCUCAAAAUUAACGUGAGAGAAUUUUUAUAGAAGAUUUUUUUCCAAUUUGGGCACAGACUCUCAAAAAGGUUCACCACCCUUGGACUUGAACAUAAAAUAAAAAACAAUAUUGUCCCUAAUCCACUAUUCAAAACAAUCACAGAGGUCCUUUAUUUCAAAUCCGCCUUCCUGCACAAUCCAUAUACAUAGAUUACCUGGGGAGAGCAAAUUUUUUAAAUCAAUAUUAUUCUUGAAUAUACUCAAAUAUUAAGCAUCUACAACAAUCUGGCAUAGAGAGUGCCAAGGAUGUACAACCUUCUGAAAAUAAUUCUUGGUCCUAAAUAAUUUACCUUUUAAAAGACCAUCAGACAUAGGAGCAGAAUUCAGCCAUUAGGCCCAUCGAGUCUGCUCUGCCAUUCAAUCAUGGCUGAUCCAUUUUUUGCCCCCCUCAGCCUCUUCUCCCUGUAGCCUUUGAUGCCAUGUCCAAUUAAGGCUUGGCCUUAAAUACAUCCAACAAUCUGGCCUCCACAGCUGCCUGUGGAAUAAAAUAAGACCAUAAGACAUAGGAACAGAAUUAGGCCAUUUGGCCCAUUGAGUCAGCUUAAAAUGAGUGUCUUCCUUUUAGUUCAGGACUCUCCAGACUGAAGAAACAACCACUUAGAAUCUACUCUGUCUCUCCCAGAAUCACAUGUGUUUAUUUGAGCUCUCCUCUUUUCAAACCUUAUAAGUGUAGGCCAUGCCACCCAAUGUUCCCUCCCAUCACCUUGUCCCAAAUAUUAAAAUAAUGAAUGUCUGCUGCUCUCCCUCCAAGGCAAGUAUAUCAAAGAGCCAUAGAGAAGUACAGCACAGAAACAGGCCCCUUGGCCCAACUAGUCCAAGCAAAAAACCACUUAAACUGCCUACUUCCAAAGACCGGCACCUGGAACAUAGUGCUCCAUAUCCCUACUAUCCAUGUACCUAUUUAAACAUCUCUUAACUUUGAAAUUGAGCUCACAUGAAGCACUUGUGCUGGCAGCUCCUUCCACACUCUCACAACCCUCUGAGUGAAGAGGUUUCCCCUCGUGUUCCCCUUAACCUCUCAUUCCUUUGGUACAGAGGCCAAAACUGCAUAAAGUACUUCAGGUAUAGUCUCACUCUAUCUUAAAGUAACAAUGCUUUAAGAUACUCAUUGAACAACUUCUCCUUCAAUUCCAGAUCAGGUUUGUAUCUAUGGAAGCCCAUGAAGGCCCAGGCUAUGUGAACUAUUGGUUACUCCUAAUUGGGUCUCUAAUGAAGCAUAUUUGACCUGCAAUGUUAACUGUUUUUUUUUCCCCUUUCUCUAGAUUUUUGUCUGAGUGUUUCCAGCAUUUCCUGUGUUUGCUUUUUCAUAUUUCCUGUAUCUGCAAUCUUUUUUUAAUUUCUAGUUAAUCAAAUUGUGUAGUGUAGAGCAAAGUUUUGGAUCAUGAGACUCAAGCGUGCGACACCUCUGCAUGUGAAGCAGACUGGGAAUGAUGUGGAUCAUAGUGCAAAGCAUGUUUCAUGCUUCUUUUGCUAUUUGAAAAUGUACAUUCGUUGCAAAGAAAGCAGGCCCAAAUAGAAAGAAAUAGAACCUACUGAACAUGUAUUCAAUUUACAAACACAAGAAAAUAUGCAGAUGCUGGAGAUUCAAAGCAACACAUACAAAGUGCUGGAGGAACUCAGCAGGCUGGGCAGCAUCUGUGGAAGAGGGUAAACAUUCAGUCUUUCAGGCCGAGACCCUUCUUAUGGAAAAGAGUAAACAGUCGACAUUUCAAGCUGAGACCCUUCUUACAGAGAAAAGUACAGUCGACAUUUCAGGCCGAGACCUUCCUUACAGAAAAGAGUAAACAGUCAACGUUUCAGGAGAUGAAGAGAGACGAUGCUGGGGAGAAUCGGUCGUAGCAUACAAUCCGGUGGAAGACCCGUUUGUUCGCGAUGGAUUGCGAGUGACUUUCGGAAGGUGGUGAGGGCUUUCACGUUGACCGAGGGCCCAGCGCGCAAUUUCAAUCAUCAGGUGCUUUCUCAGAUGAUACUAACAAACCAGGAGCUGGCCGAGAUUAAAGAUCUCCUUAAACAACAGGUAAAACAGAUAAUCUUUCUGAAGAACACCUUGGCUGAAUGUGAUCUCUGUGGUAUUCGACAGGAAGGGAAGCAGCUGCCGAUUACUGUAUACCCAUUUGGAAAAUGUGUGCCUAACCCCUGCUUCCCUGGGGUGCUGUGCUCUGAAACCGUAAAUGGGUUUCAGUGUGGGACCUGCCCCUCCGGCCUCACGGGCAAUGGGACACAUUGCACAGACGUGGAUGAGUGCAAGACACAGCCUUGCUUCCCCGGAGUUCGGUGUAUUAAUCAAUCUCCUGGUUUUCAAUGCGACCCCUGCCCGAGCGGCUACAGUGGCCCGAGAAUUCAGGGAGUGGGGGAGGCGUUCGCCAAAGUACACAAGCAGGUGUGCACGGACAUCAACGAGUGCGACGACGGGCGUAAUGGAGGCUGUGAUCCAAACUCCAUCUGCACCAACACCCCGGGAUCGUUCCGGUGUGGGCCGUGCAAAGCUGGGUACAUUAAAAACGAGGCCGGGAGCUGUCAGCCAGAGAGAACCUGUUCAAACGGAGCACUGAACCCAUGUCACCAGGAUGCACAGUGCAUCGUGACACAGAACAGACAGAUCAGCUGCGUUUGUGGAAUUGGCUGGGCUGGAAAUGGCUACGUCUGUGGACCCGACACAGACAUCGACGGGUUUCCCGAUGCACCGCUGGAUUGCACUGAGCAAAACUGCCGCAAGGAUAACUGUGCAGUAGUGCCAAACUCCGGGCAGGAAGAUGCAGAUGGCGAUGGGAUUGGCGAUGCCUGUGACAGUGAUGCUGAUGGGGACGGCAUUGUUAAUGAAGAGGAUAAUUGUGUUCUGAUACCAAAUGUCAAACAGAGAAACAUGGACAAGGAUAACUUUGGAGAUAAGUGCGACAACUGCAAAUUCAUCUCUAAUAACAACCAGAAGGACAGCGAUGGUGACGGAAAAGGAGACUUAUGCGAUCAGGAUUUGGAUGGAGAUGGAAUCAGGAACAACUUGGAUAACUGUGCCCAUGUUCCAAACCGGGAUCAGAGGGACCGGGAUGGAGAUGGGGUUGGAGAUGCCUGCGACAGCUGCCCAGACAUCCGAAACCCCGAUCAGUUGGAUGCUGACCACGACCUUGUUGGCGACUCCUGUGACACCAACACGGACAGUGAUGGAGAUGGUCAUCAGGACAGCAGAGAUAACUGCCCGACGGUCAUCAACAGUGCCCAGGAGGACACUGAUGGAGACGGCCUGGGUGACGAGUGCGAUGAUGACGAUGAUAAUGAUGGGAUCCCUGACACACGUCCCCCUGGGCCGGACAAUUGCCGACUUGUGGCUAAUCCAACUCAACAAGAUCUUGAUGGUGAUGGGAUUGGAGACAUCUGUGAGGAGGAUUUUGAUGAUGACAAGGUGAUUGAUGUCAUCGACGUUUGUCCUGAGAAUGCGCAGAUUACACUCACCGAUUUCCGAGCUUUUCAGACCAUCGUCUUGGACCCCGAGGGAGAUGCACAGAUCGACCCAAACUGGAUCGUCCUGAACCGGGGAAUGGAGAUUGUGCAGACGAUGAACAGUGACCCAGGUCUUGCGGUUGGGUACACAGCCUUUAAUGGUGUGGACUUCGAAGGAACGUUUCAUGUUAACACGGUGACAGACGACGAUUAUGCUGGAUUUAUCUUUGGCUAUCAGGACAGCUCCAGCUUCUACGUAGUCAUGUGGAAACAGACAGAGCAAACCUACUGGCAGGCAAAUCCUUUCCGUGCUGUGGCUGAGCCUGGGAUCCAGCUCAAGGCAGUGAAAUCGCGGACUGGUCCCGGCCAACACUUGCGGAAUGCACUCUGGCACACAGGAGACACCACUGACCAAGUCCGCCUUCUGUGGAAAGAUCCCAAGAACAUUGGCUGGAAAGACAAUACGUCGUAUCGCUGGUUUCUGCAGCACCGGCCACAGAUUGGGUACAUCAGGGUGCGGCUCUACGAGGGGCCGGAGAUCGUGGCAGAUUCCAGGGUGAUCAUCGACACCACGAUGCGCGGAGGAAGACUUGGAGUCUUCUGCUUCUCCCAGGAAAAUAUAAUUUGGGCAAAUCUACGCUAUCGUUGCAAUGAUACGAUUCCAGAAGAUUUCCAUCCAGCACUUCAGUCACAGAUUUGAAAGUGACCUCUGAACUGCUGAACCUUUGACCCUUUAACCCUGACAGCUGACAAUCACUCAUUGCAAUCUGGAACGGUGGUAAACAUCAGAUCUGGGAUGAAGGCUGGUUGAUUAUUGAUCCGGCUCUUUGAUUCUCUCAUCAGUUGAUUCCAUCCAACCAGAAGGGGCGUUUGGCAACAGUAGUGCAACGUGUGAGCAGGACAAUGCAAAGAGGAUCAGUUCAUAACCAGAAUUUCUGCUCAGUGAUCAAGGUGGAUAUAUAGAAAUUUAUAGUGCAUGUGAGGCCAUUCUUACCCAACAUACCUGUUCUAGCUGUUCCAAAGUGCUUACUCCACUCCACAGCUUUUGUCCAUAACCCAAUAGUUUCUUCAUCUGUUCAACUCCUUUUUACAAUAAUUAAUAAACUCAGCUUCCACUCUUUCAGGUGAUACUUAAUUCCUAAUAGCUGAAUGGAAAAACAUUCUCAUCUCCUGCCCGGGAUUUUUUGGUGCAGAUUUUAAAUCUCUUAUUUUUAAGUUACUGCCAGACAUAACAGAUUUUUCCUAAGCCCCCUAUUUUAAAGUUCAUAAUAUUUUUCUUUUAAAUCAAAGUACAUAUAUGUUACUAUAUACCCUGUGAUUCAUUUUCUUACAGGCAUUCACAAUAAAUACAAGAAACAAUAGAAUCAGUGAAGACUGCCCCCAACAGGACAGACAACUAUUGUGCAAAAGACAACAAAUUGAAUAAAACCCCUUUUUACUGGGCAUCUUUGGAAACGUGGCUUGUUGCCCCUUGCUAAGAGCCACUGGACUCUGCGGCAAGAAACCCACCUUUCUCAGGCUCCGUACGUCUAGGGUAUAUGUGACUUUUGUCCCCCCCCAAACCUGUGAGGUUGGGAUGACUCGCUCACCCAAACCCCAGUUUGUGUGAAUGCUGUGUGAUUUACUGCCCCCCCACCCCCGGCAAUUGCCCACCAGCAAGAAAUAACAGAUCGUACACUGCAUGCAAUUAUAAAGAGAAUAUAUUUAUGAAUGUUAAUUUAAUCAAAGAGUAAUUAAAGAGUGAAACAAAAAGGGCCCAUUAUAAGUAAACAGUCAAAUGUGCACAUAAGUUGGAACUCAACUUAAUGUUGUCUGUAACACACACCACACACACACUGACCCCAUGGUUGGCAUGAAAGCACACAUUACCUCCCCAGUGUCGCUUGAAAUCCAUCUCGAACAAACGGGCUCCCCCACGGGAGCAUCGGUCAUUCCUCCUAGAAGCCCUUCAUCUGCACAAAACACCUUGUGCAACAGGGACAGCAUCCUCAGUCAUCUUCCCUCCCAUCUUCUCACAGCUCCCGCCGGAAAAAAAUAUUGACCCAUACCAGUGACCCUCACAAAACCUCUCCACCCAGAGUUCUCUGGAGCCUUCUCCCAAUUCCACCAUCCUGACUGGCUAAUACCACGUUCCUGUUGAAAAACAAAGCCCUUUAUCUCAGCUUAAACCCAAACAGGCUGAAAGCGGAACAAACUGCUCUUACAGAACUGCUAAAAUGAAAUACCUACAGCAUAGCAGUAAAAAUCUCAACUAGGGUGUUACAUGUACAAAUACAAAAUGAGAGAAGUAAUAAUAAUAAGCAAUUAAUAUUGAGAAGAUGAGUUGUAGAGUCCAUAUGUUGUGGAAACAGUUCAGUGAA